GCAAACAGACGUGAUCGCAAAAGUCCGGGAAAUCCAAAAGAUCGAUGCAAUUUUUUUUACCUUGUGUUUGCGGCACUUUAAAAUUCCAUUCAACGCCAAAUUUUUGAGUUAAACAUUUUAAAAUUGAGUAGUUUUGAGUGAAAAGUUCAAACGAUUUUUAUACGGCAAUUACAGAAAAAUUAAGUGCAGUUCUAAAAACCAAAUUUGGAAUAAUAAUUUUUGUUUGCACUUAUGUCACAACUGUUUCAAUAGUUUUUGACUCGGUUCUCGGUGUGUGCAUUAUUUACUCUUGGUUUUUUUUUCAAUUUAUUUUCUGUUGUUAUUUUGGAUUUGUUUUGGUCUUGGUCUAAAACUAAUUUUAGCCUUUUCCGAAUGCAGUCAACUGCGGGCCAAAAAAGAAACACCUGCAAUGUUUGCGCAGUGAAUAAUUGUUGGAUUCUAAAGGGAGUUCGUUCGUUCAGCACAUGAACAUAAUCGUAAAUAAACACAAAAAUUCGAAAAGUGUAUAGUCUAAAAUGCCGGAAGUGCUGAAUGCCAUGGAAAUGGAGGCGCCAUCGGAUGUUGUGGACAUCUCCGCACGGGAGACAGCUGUGAAUGUCAUCACCAUCAUUACUACGAGCCAUAUAAAUAAUAACAAUAACAGUAACAGCACCACGAAUAACAACCACCACAGCAGCGGCGAACCGGAAACGGAAACCGCCGCCGUGGAACUGCUGCAGCAGCAGCAGCAACAGCAGCAGCAACAGCAACAACUGCAACAUUUGCAACUGCAGCCGGCGUCGAAUUUCGUGGCCAUUCCAUUGCUGGAACGACGGCGUCGCAGUCGCAGCCACAGCCGCAGUCACUGCCGCAUUGCGCCGCUGGCGCCGAUCAUCUGCAUCCAGAACGGAUCGCAUCCGGAGGAGCUCGUCCACCUUUCCCGCUCGCGAUCCUGCUUCCUGCGCGUCCGCAGGACCUUUGCCAAGCUUUUUGGCAAAAUCAUGGGCAGCAACAAUCCCAGCGAAGCGGAUCGAUACGACUAUUAUGACUAUUCGGAACUGGAGGAGUUCGAGACGCCGGCACGGUACAGGCCCGACUCGCUAAGUGCGCUGAGCCGCGCCACGCGCUUCACGGAGGACGAGAUCAAACGAAUUUACCGGGGAUUUAAGGCUGAGUGCCCGACGGGCGUCGUCAAGGAGGACACCUUCAAAGUGAUCUACUCGCAGUUCUUUCCACAGGGAGCCAAUCCAACCUUAUACGCGCACUAUGUAUUUAAUACACUGGAUCAGGAUCACAGCGGCAUUGUCAGCUUCGAGGACUUCGUUCAAGGACUCUCGAUACUGUCGCGCGGCUCCGUGGAGGAGAAGCUGCGCUGGACCUUCUCGCUGUACGACAUCAACGGCGACGGCUUCAUUACGAGGGAGGAAAUGACUGACAUUGUAACUGCCAUAUACGAGCUGAUGGGCCGACUGCCCGACGAGUGUCCCGAGGAGGAGAAGAUCAAGGGCAAGGUGGAGCAGAUAUUCCAGAAAAUGGACACCAAUCGCGAUGGCGUGGUCACGCUGGAGGAGUUCCUGGAGGCCUGUCGCAACGACGACGCCAUCUCCCGGUCGAUGUCCUACACGGUGCCCCGGCGGCGGCGACCCCAGCAGCAGCAGCAACACCAGAAGCAGCAAAAGCAAAAGCAGCAACAUCAUCAGCAGGAGCAAGAUAAACGUAAGUCCAACCACAAGACGAAGACGAACAAGCAACAGCAACAGCAACAGCAACAGCAAACACAGCAGCAACCACAUAGCACUAGACAUCGAAACUGUUGUCAUAUAAUCGACAUGGACGGCGACAGCACCACCAGCACCACCACCGCCUCGGCGGCCACCGGAACCACACUCAAUUGCAAUGUUCUGGGCAGGAGUGCCCAUCGACGCGGUGACUACGGUGAAGUGGAUCAGGCGGAGGAGGAGGCGGAGGAUGAGGAUGGGGAGGAGGAGGAUCAGGAUUCCGAGGAUUCCGAGAGCGAGUACCGCUCCUUUGUCUGCCGCCACUGCCAAAGGCCGCAAUCGGUGGGGAUGCCACGUUCCAGCCACCGAUCGCAUUCGCAAUCGAAGUCGCAUUCGCAUUCGCAUUCGCAAUCGAGAUCGCAGUCACGCAAGCGCAGCAAGAGCAGGAGGCGCCACCAGAGCAGCAGCCACCGGCAGAUGCAGCAGCACCUGCAACGCUGGCCGGAGAUCAAUGUGGCCAACGAGCAGGCGAUCCGCUUCCGGUGUCCGCAGGUGGGGCCGCAGGUGGGUCGCGACCUCCACACGCCGCAGCCCAUGCACUUCCACCAUCCCCAGUCGCAGAGCCACCAGAACCAGAACCAGAGCCACCAUCCCCAGAAGGUCAGGAGCAGGUCCGCCCGUCCGCGGAAGGUUCGCUCGGGAAAUCAAGCAGCACCACCCACAACCACCACCACCGCCGACACCACCGGCACAUCCGCCACCUUUGCCACGUCCGCACCACCCGCGCCGCCAGCUGAGCCACCGCGGCCGCCCUCCUCCCCUCACCCCCUCCCGCCGCUCAACGUGAUUGUGGGCGGGGCCGAGGGCGGUAGCGGUGGCGGUGGCGGUGGCGGUGGUGAAGGCGAUCCACAGCACCCACAGCCGCCCACCACCCCCGACUCGCCAUCGCUGGUCACCGUGAGCACCUGGUACACGGUGGCCAAGCAGGGUGUCUCCUGCUAAUCGCGGCGAGCAGUGAGUAUCCUUGCCACCCAACCAUGAACCACCCAACCACCCACCCCCCAACCACCCAACCACCAGCCACUCAACCACCUUGCACCCCAAUCGAAAUCCCUUGAAAAGCGGACAAGCCACUGAAAUCCCUAGAGGUUUGAAUCCGCCUAAAAAGGCGCCUGAAAGUAUGCCCCAAAAAAUAUUAUACUGUUUUUUGACAUCCUUGGGACUUCCGAGCUCAAAACAAUCUUCAAGGGUUCUCAAAUCUCUAGAGAUUUCUGUGCAGCCCACGAAUAUCUCCAGAUACCUUAAGUCUUAAGUCUCCAGAGGUUUCUGUGGCACCGCUGACAAAAAAAAAAAACGCUUCCCCGAUUCCGUGUUUGAAUAUAUGUACACAGUACUUUGUGCUUAUAUGAAUUAUAUAUGUGUGUGUUUCAGGGUGAAUCUCUGGGUCUUCAAAAUUUGCAUUGUCAAAUAUAGUUUAAAAAAUUACAAAAAGAAAUAUUGAAAAUUUGAAAACCAAAUUUUCGUAAAUUGAUUUAAAUCUUCCUCUAUAUUUUUUCAAAAUAUUAAACUCUUACUUAUUUCAACAAGAAACAAGCAAAUAAUUCCAAAUAAUACGACUUAAGAGAUUGGAAAUCAAAGCCGAGAUCCACCCUUCUGUAUUUGUGCAUUAAGUUUCCGAUUUACCUACUAUUUGUACUGUAAUUAGCCAAAUAAUGUUUAAAACGUUUUCUGUGUGUAUUGAUUGAUGUUGCAAACUGUCAAAUGUGUUAUAGUCUUAAAUACAUAUAAAUCUAUAGAAAAUGUAAGUGGAGAUGAACCAAAAAGGAAAUACAUGAAAACCAUGCAAACGUU